ACCAAAAUGGCGGUCUGGCUGCAUUGGAGAAAACACAAUAUAAAGUAAAAUCAAAAAUGCAGCCAGCUUCUUUUACUGUUACUGAUGCUUUUAAUUCCCAGCUAAAAGCUCUUUGCAUUAAAGAGUUUCCCUGUGGAUUUGGAACCUGGAGAAUACCUGACUUAAAACUUUCAAUAAAAGCAUCGAAAUUGAAGACUAAAACUGAAAUACAGCCAAUUUCACGAAAUGAGGUAACAGCACAGUAUGAAACAGUAGAAGGUCUACAAGAGUUAUCUCUCAAACCUCCGUACAAUAUAGACUGUAGCUGGAGUAAUGAAGCUUCAUUGCUGAGAGAAAUAGCAGUAAAAACACCCCAUAAACUCAGUCAUGAUUUCGUGCUCAAUUAUUUCAAGUCAUUAAGGAUUAUAGAUAAAAAGGUUACAGAAAUUGAUGAGGGGCUUCUCCAAUUUAAGAAUUUAAAACAAUUUACUCUAAGUGCAAACUUGAUCUCAGAUGUCAACUCAAAGAAUCUACCAUCUGAAUUGCAGGAACUGGAAUUAUCAGCUAAUCAAAUAUCAGACAUAACUCCUCUUUGCAUCAGCCCACCACCACUAAUCCACCUUGGUCUUGGCUACAAUAAUAUCUCCUCCAUACCUAUUCAAAUGAAGCCUGAACUAUGGAGUCACCUGUUAUCUCUUGACAUGAGUUACAACAACCUCUUAGAUCUCAACAGUACUAUCAAUAUUUUAAAGCAGCUUCCAAAACUACGCAAUCUGGUCUUGCAAGGAAAUCCCCUCAUGUUAGUUCCUGGUUAUCGUGGUUAUGUGAUCGAUUCAAUACGUCAACUAACAAUACUUGAUGACAACAGAAUAUCUGCUGAUGAAAAGCAUUAUUUCAAAGGAUUAUCAAAACUUAAAGAUAUUGUACUAGACAGAUCUCAUCUGACGAUCUCUAUUAGCGCUAUCACUGGUGUCAAACAGCAUGAAGAAUUAGAGGAUCAAGAAAAUCAACCAGAAUUUCCUAAGAUAGAGUAUAAAUAUCAUGUGGAAUUCAUGUUCCUUGAGCAGCCUUUGGAGAUAGCAAAUGAUUCAAAGAGCAUCUCCUCAAUACAACAUUCAUCUGGUGAACAACAACCAUACAUGGAGACUAAAGCAAGUACAGAAAGCGAGAAUGAUACAGAUUUAAAAGUGAUUGCUACAAACAGUCUCCCAUGGAAUGAAGAAGCCAUUGAGCUCAAAUAUUCCAAAGAUUUCCAAACUUACAAGUUACGCCAACUCAAAGACUUCCUUAAAAAAGGAAUGGAUUUCAAUGUGAUUGAAACAAAGCAUUCGUAUGUACAAGAAGAUCCAAAUGCAAUUGCAGAUGAUGAUGAUGGAAAGAUGAGUACUUACAGUGGAAAAGAGAGUAAACCAGAUAAACGGAAAAAAAGUGGAAAAGACAAACCAGAUAAAAGAAAAGAAUCAGCAAAGUCAAAAGAUAAGGGUAAGGGUAAAGGUAAAGGCAAACAGGAAGAAAUAGAACUCUUUGAAUUACCCAGGGAACACAAAACUCUAGGCUCAUAUCAUGUUGUACUUAGCACAUUUGUUGAUGGAGAGGUGGAACUGUCAGUUGAUGGAAAUUGCCAAGAAACAAAUGAUGAAAAGACAGAUGACAAUAAAAGUGUAAUAAGUGGAAAGCAAGAUGGCAGUGAGAAGAAGAAGGCCGCUAAAGGUGACACAGAUAAGCCUCAAAAAGGAGGCAAACAAGGUGCAGAUGGCAAAAAAGGAGGGAAAGAUGGGAAAAAAGGAGGGAAGGAUGAAAAGGGGAAGGCUAAAAGUACCAAGGAAGAGGAAACAGUUCCUGAAGCAGAUGAAGAAUGCAUCCCACCAUUGCCAUUAUCGAUUAACUUCUCCAUCAAAUUACACYACUGGAAAUCUGCCAGAGAAGCAACUGUGGCCUGUGUAACCAUCAAAGAGAAAGAACAAACUAGCUAGAUGCCUGGCAUUUAAUGGAUUUUAUUAUA